GACAGACAUGAAGAUUGAGGUUAGGAAAACAAAAUUUGAUUUGAAUUUUCAAUGCAAAAGCAAUGUAUCCCAUUGAGAAUAUUGCAUGCUAAAUUUUAAAAUAAAUAUAAUUCAACAACAAAAUUUGUGACGCAAAACUGAAAAAUGUCUUCAGGAUUCUCAUUUGGGGCUAAAACUACAGCUCCUGCUUUUCCUGGAAUGAAUACUCAAAGUUUUGGAGCUGCACCAACCAAUAAUCAAUUCAGUUUUGGAUCCAACACACAACAGCCAUCCAGUGGGUUCCAACUAAAUUUAUCCACUAAUAAACCAACAAGUGCUGUAGCUCCUCAGCCCACUGGUUUUAGUCUAGGACCGCCUAAUGCUACAGUUACAACUUCAGGAUUGUCAUUUGGAGCUAUACCUGCAUCUACAACAGCGGCCACUCCUGCUUUGAAUCUAGGAACAAAUACUAAUACUCCUGGAUUUUCAUUUGGCACUCCAGCAUCUACCGCAAUUUCUCAGGCUACUCCUGCUGGAGGAUUAGGUUUUGGUGGACUUACAACUGCAACUCCUAACUUAGGUGCUCCUACAACUUCUACCCCCAAUUUUGGUUUAGGUUCUACAGCUGCCACAACUGCUUCAACUGGAUUAAGUACCGGAUUUACAUUAGGGAGUUCUGUUAACUCUGCAGUUACAUCAGCUUCAGGAUUUACAUUGGGAGGUGCGUCUUCUAGUGCUGCACCAAAUUUUGGUUUCGGAACGAAAACUACAGCAACUUCCUCUUUAACAGCUCCUUCUACUGGUUCAACAUUUGGAACCGCUUCUACUGCAGCACCAACUUUGAACUUUGGUUUUUCCACAAAUACAUCAACUACAGGAGGCGGCUUGAAUUUUGGAACAUCAACAGCUUCGACAGGUUUCAGUUUAAAUACUCCUUCAACUAGCGCAGCCCCAGUUAAAAUUGGUCUAGGAGGAAUCCAAACAUCAACUUCCUCGUCAUUAGGAACCACAACAGCCAAAGAAGUACCGCCUAAAGAACAACAAGUGCCUAACGAAAUACAACAGGACAUUGAAAAUUUCAAGAAUUACAUCAAACAACAGAAAAUAUACAGCUCAGAUGUAUCCAGAUGUUGUGUCAAAGAUUUUCGCAGCGUUGAAGCUCAAAUAGGAGUGCUCAACAAUGUCAUAAAAGAAAUCGAGUCACAACUGGAAAGAAACAGGAGCUUGGCGGAAAAACUCAAAUAUGACACUGCCCAAGGUCUCCAGUUGUUGGAGAUGGCGCAAAGGACACAAGAUACGCCUGCUGGUUUACAAUAUGAAAAUCAAGCCCCAAUGAAUUUCUUCCUCGGUUUAGCAGACAAAUUCGAGAAGGAAAUGCAUGCAUUGAAAAUACAGAUUGAGAACACUGAUAAGUAUGUGAAGAAUUUUGGCCAGCCAGCUACACUGACUUCUCAAGAUUUAUCUUUAGGUAUGAAGCGACUCCAUGAUACGUUUGUGGCGUUAGCUGGAAGACUUCAAUCAGUACAUACUCAAGUAGAAUCGCAAAAAGAAUUAUUUAUAAAUUUGAGAAAACAACUUGCCAACGAUUUCAGUAAUCCUUUCGAAUUAUUGGACAAAAAGCUCAACUCUAAUCAAGCAGUUCCAACAGUGACUCGUAGUCCGCCAAAAAUAGCAUGUGGGCCAACCCCUUUCAACCAGAUAAUGACUUCAAACUUCCCUAUUAUGAGUCAACAAAAUGUUGGUGCUUCCUAUCCCGGAAUGGGAAAUACAACAGGUUUUGGUUCCGCAAGUGUUCCUGGAUUUUUCGGUAAUACCAGUAGUUUGAAUCAGACCAAUACCAACCUUCAGAACACAACAUUCAGUUUCCAAAAUUCAUCUCUGGGAUCGAAUUUUCAAUUACAAAAACCGCCAACGGGAAAUAAAAGAGGAAAACAAUAGUUUUUGCAGUAGUUAGGCUAUUUUAUUUUUUUUUUAAGAAAUGUACAAAAUUUUUUUAACAAAUCACUCUGGAAAUAUUUUAGAUAAUUGUAUACAGGGAAUCAAAUGAAUGCAAGAUGAUUUCAAACAGUACUUUAUGAUAAUAUCUGCUAUUUUCUUAUUGAGCCAAAAAUACACUGAAUCUACAUCAUAAAA